CCCAGGCAGACCGCAGUCAGUCCAACAGCAGCACACCAACAACACAACAGCACCACAGCUGUCACACAUUGUAAUUCACCUGCGGGUGGAUUUAGAAACGGAGCGGAGCAUUCACCUGUCGGACCAGAGAGCUGCUUUUAACUCCUCUGAAUCACAUUUAAAGGACUUUACCUGCUGGACUCCGUCUGAACUGAAGUGGAAUUACAGCGCAGUUUGGCGCGUGGUGGAUAAUGUGGACUGCUGACAGGACGCACGCGCUCACGUCUGACAGGUGAAGUUUGGAUGAUGAUGGACACCUUGAGGUAUUAUUUCCCUGUUUGCAACAAUAAGCAUUUUUAAACUUUCAAACAGGGUUUUUCCUGGAGCACCUUCCCAAAGGACUGCCGUGGAAACCAGCCUCCACAGCAACUUAUAUUUUAACUAUUGGCGACGAGCGUUUUUUUUUUUUUAACGUGCGUUGAAUUCUGACAUUUUCCUUAAAUAUUUUCUCCCAUCAGAGAAACUGAAAAACGGAUUUAACGUUUGCUGUCAUAGUAACGGAACACCGCGCGCAGCUCACUCGCUGCCAGGAAAGGCACGCGCCGGGCAUGACUUUGCGGGCAUGGGUGCUGAGCUAGUUUCCCAUCACCUCCUGUGAUAUUUAACAUCACCACAACUAACAGAGAAGAUGAAGAGGAGAGCAGACAGCCGCUGAGUUAACGUGGAUAAAUUAUUCAGCUGUGGUGGAAGUGGACAACCUGCUGGGCUGAAGGAUGGCUUGUUGGAAGGAGGGCACCAUUCUCUUGCUGGUUCUGCUGGUUCUGCUCGACCCACAGCCGGUCAUCGGGAGAUCAUCUCGACAUCGUAGCUUGAGACGUCAAACUCGAGGCCACCAUGAAUACCGGCCGCAGCACAACAUCACGCUGGCUGUUAUUUUACCACAGACCAACACAGAUUACCCGUGGGCUUGGCCUCGCAUUGGUCCUGCCCUGGAGCGAGCCAUCAAAGAAGUCAACGCCGACCCCACCCUGCUCCCUGACCACCACCUCGUCUAUGCUUUCAAGAACAGCGAAAAGGAUGGAAUCUGCUCCGAGUCCAUUGCCCCGCUCGUGGCUGUGGACCUUAAAUUUGCGUAUGACCCGUGGGCUUUCAUCGGGCCUGGCUGCUCCUACACCUCCUCCCCUGUUGGACUCUUCACCACCCACUGGAACGUUCCCAUGGUUACAGCGGGUGCUCCAGCCGUCGCCUUUUACGGUGGAGUCUACCCGUCCAUCACCAACACAGGCCCCACCCACAAGAAGUUGGGGAAGUUCGCCCUGCGGAUCUGUGAGCACUUUGAGUGGCGGGAGCAUGUGAUGCUUAUGUUCAGUGACAACAAGGAGGAUGAUCGGCCUUGUUACUUUGCUGUGGAGGGUUUGUACACAGAGCUGAAGGGCAUCAACAUCACCAUCGCUGCAAUGAUGUCAGCGCACUAA